UUGGUUGAAUCAGAGGAUGUGGAAUCUGCGAAUAUGGGGGCCCAACUGUACUAUCUUUUGGUGGAAGAGACCUCAAGAGAAAGGGAGGAAAGGCUGAAAGGAUGGGAGGCUUUCCUCAACACUCCUGAGGCCAAUAAAGGCCUUCAGCGUUCCAAUUCCGUCUGUGCUUCAGAAAGGGCAGGGCCUUCUAGAAUAAGGCAUUUUUCAGAGCACCCUAGCACAUCUAAAACGAAUGCUCAAGAAGCUGCAACUGGAAUGGCAUUUGAAGAACCUAUAGAUGAGAAGAAGUUUGAAAAGACACAAGAUGGGGGAGAAUUUGAAGAAGAUGCUUCUGAAAAAGAUGCCAAAGAAGGUGGUCCCCAAAAAGAGGCAGAAGAAGGCUGCCCCGAAAAAGAGUCUGAAGAGAGCAGUCCUAAAAAGGAGUUGAAAGAAAAUGGCCCUGAAAGAGAAUCUAAAAAGAAAAUACUCAAAUACGAUUAUGAAGAGAAUGGCCUUGCCAAAGAGUCUGAAGAGGAGGCUGGCCCCAAAAAAGAGUCUGAGGAGGAUGACUCAGAGAGAGAGUCUGAUGAAGACUGCUCUGAAAAACAGUCAGAAGAAGGCUCCGAAAAAGAAUUAGAAGAGAAUGGUCUUGAAAAAGAUUGUGAUGAGGAUGGCUCUGAAAAGGAGUCUCAUGGAAACGUUCCUGACAAAGAGUUUGAAGAAAAUGACUCUGAAAACUCAGAAUUUGAAAAUGAUGGCUCCGAGAGAGUGUUAGAUGAGGAAGGCCCAGAGAGAGAAUUUGGUGAAGACUCCGAUGAGAAGGAAGAAGAGGAAGAUAUGUAUGAAAAAGUAUUUGACGAUGAGUCCGAUGAGAAAGAGGGCGAAGAUGCGGAUGAGAAAGGGCUUGAAGAUGCUGAUGAAAAGGAGGAAGAAGAGGAUGCAGAUGGAAAGCUGUUUGAAGACUCCGACGAAAAGGAAGAUGAAGAUGCAGAGGGAAAGGGAGAUGAAGAUGUAGAGGGAAAGCUGUUUGAAGAUGACGAUUCCAAUGAGAAGUUGUUUGAUGAGGAGGAGGAUUCAAAUGAGAAGUUGUUUGACGAUUCUGAUGAGAGGGGGACUUCGGAUGGUUUGGGGAAUGCUAAGGAAGAGGAGCCCCCGUCCACAGGCAGCAGCUUUGUCCUCAGUAGUGAUGCUGAUGAUGAUGAUGAUGAUGAUGAUGAUGAUGAUGAUAUUUAAUCCCUUCAACUUGCUUUUUAGGGAGUCCCCCAUC